UACAAUUUCGAAUAUCUGCGUCUUGAAUCGGGAUGCGAAAUUCUUAUUGGUCAUAUGCUAUAAUAUAUAUGUUUCCGCUGAGCUCUACACAAUAUAUCUGUCAACUGCUGAAGCAAAAAGCACGAAAUGUUCUGCUUUGAGAAAACCGUAUUUAAAACAUUUAAACUUUUGCUUGAAUAUCUUAUAUUUCGAAAAACAGUAUAAACUGUACGGUCUAAAUUUAAUUUGCACGAAAGUUGUAAACAACACCAUAUAAGGAUAGGCAUUCCAUAUUUGGAAAAACGAAUUAACGUUACGGGGCAGAUAUUCAAAAUUCUAAAUCAUCAGUGCAGGCUCUUAAUUCACCUUGAGAGCCUGCUCGCAGGAUAACAAUACUAACUAUACUUGUAAAAACCAUUUGUAAUUUUAUUCAAAUGCAGAGUGCAUGAUGAUCACGAGCUAGCAGCGGAAACAGGUACAACGGAAACAACAAAAAUACCAACUCCCUACCAGCAUCCAACCAAUGCGAAGAUCCGUUUCUGGGAUCUACCCGGCAUUGGAACGCCAAAUUAUCCCGAUCUUCCAACAUUCUUUGAAAAAGUUGGCAUAGAAAGAUUCGAUACCUUUUUGAUAAUCUGCGCAAAGAGAUUCACAGAAUAUGAUCUAAAGUUAGCAGAAAAAGUUGAAUCGAUGGGCAAGUCUUAUUUCUUCGUUCGCACCCAGAUCGAUAACGACAGGCGAUCUGAAAAGCGAAAGCACGGGAAAAAAUUCAAUGAAGAAAAGAUGCUGAAAGAGAUCAAGAAUAACUGUGUUGAAUGUUUGAAAAAUCCCAACUGCGGCGAAGAGAAAGUCUUCCUGGUUAGUAGUUAUCAUCCACAAAAGUGGGAUUUUGAUCGUUUACAGACAGCAAUCAUGGAUCAUUUGCCGUCCAUCCAGAAAGAGUCCUUAGCCCUUUCCCUGCGCACUCACUCAAAAGUUGUUUUGAAACAAAAGAUUAAAAUACUCAAAGGUAUGUGUGAUAAUUAACAAAUAUAAAACAUUUUCCGUGUUGAUAUACAGUAAUAUCAACACGAGUGGAAUUGGGAAAACGAGAAAUUGUAUGGAAACACGACGCCCGAAGGGCGGACUGUUUUCAUACAGUUUCGAGUUUUCCCAACUUCCACGAGUGUUGAUAUAACUAUAUAUCAAUACGGAAAAAAUGUUUUAUAUUUUUUAUAAUAUAGCAAUGUCAAAAGCCCGAAGGAUAAGAAAAAUUUCCGUGUUUACAAGCGGCGGAAAUUUCCCGUGUUGACAUCGAGUUAUAUCAACAUGGCUCUUAGCCAAUCAGCGUUCAGAAUUUACAAAUGUUGUAUUAUAACAUUGCAUGGUGAUUCGUAUUAACGUUUUUGAGGUCGUGUCGACCAGGUAAAAUAUCAACGAGACUAACUCUGGUUUAAGUAAAUAAAUAUACAUUUAAUCCCUAAACAAAUCGCAUUAUCACAACAUUUCGACAUUCGGGAUUGUGUAAUGUAUAGAUAUCAACCAAUUGAUUGGAACAGUGUUAUAGCAACUAGCUCUUUUGCAGAACUGGAAAAACGUGUUCGUUUUAUGUGUAAUGAUCAGUAUAUGUUGUUAUAGCCCAUUCAGUGGCGUCUGAACGGAGGAAGAGGAGAUAUUAUAUAUUGUUUGACUAAGAUAUAUUUGUAUUGAAUAUUUAUAGAAUAUUCUGGAAAAUUCCGUGUCUAUAACAACAACAAUAACAGUCUCCAACACAUGUAACAACUAAUAAGAAUAACUGUUGUUUUAUUUGAGAUGGAAUAAAAAAAUCAGCUACCGUUGUCGAUGGAGGCUUUAUUGUUUAGAUUAUUAAUUUUGCGUUUUCCCAUUUUGAUUCUUAACCUGCAGUUUACGUUUUCUAAUUUUCUGGGCGAUAGGCCGUGGCUGAUGGUGCCCCCAAACUGUUGGGGGCCCUUAGUUUUUGAACUAACCCUACCUACUCUGCGUUACGCCACUGAGCCCAUUACUGAAUUGUGUCCGGGCGAAUUUUAAAUUGCGAAUUUCUGAUAUUUCAAUUCUCAUUUUUUAAAACGUUUAUUUUGCAGGCAGAGUAUGGAUGGUAGCAGCUGUAUCAGUCGAGAAAAGAUUUGGUUUUUGGCCAUCUUCCAAAUACAUUGAUGAGAAGCCAAUUAGAGAUAUAGUCGAUUCCUACCGUUCCCAAAUGGAGUUUCCAGCUUUUGGUUCCGAAGAAUUUAAUAUGUUGACCAACAAACUACGGAGAAGAUUGAGACGAUUUUACAUCAGCCAGAACGAUGAUCUUCCUAGGUGGUUGAAGUCGUUUGAUCGUGCCAACAAGUACAAAAUAAAAACGUAUACAAAAUAUAUAGUGACCAAUAAACCGCUACCGUUUAUUUAUUAUUUCCUGAAUCUCAUCUUGGAUGAGAUGGAAACAACGGCGUUGGACAUUAUCGAUGAAAUGGCUAAAAAAGCAUGUGUUGUGUAUGAUGAUAGUGACUAGGAUUCGAAUUGCUAAUCCUUGCCAUGUUUUGAAAUAUUGACAUCAUACAAUUGCCAUCAAACAAUAUUUAACAGCUUGUCUAUAGCGUAUUACUGAGUAAUUGUAACUUUGUAGCCUCUUUUGCACAUAAUGACAACUAAUUCAUGUGAAGAAAUAGAUCAAUGCACCAAAUAAACGUGUCUACAGGAUAGUACAACCAUUUAGCACAUAGUGGUAAACAUUUCACGUCGCAUGCAUAAACAUGGUAAACACCAGUAAAACAUGUUGAAUUGUAUACGACUAAAACCUUUAUAUUAUAUUGUUGAACUUCAAAAGCUGGGACGCUACCUACGAAUUUGUAUAUUUUAUAUUAUAUAUUUGAUCUUGUGGUGGUGUAGCCAUGUUUCUUGUUUGGAAAGGGGGGCGGUACAAAGGUAUUCCGAACACGAACGAGGGGCAAAGUCAUGUUGCCCCAGAUAAAUUUUUAAUUUCAAGGAUUUGACACCACUUCUGAAUUUUUAAACAUAUUCAGAAAGAAAAAUUACAGUCACGAAAAACCGCGCGAUUUCUACAUUGCAGUCCAAUCAACUGCUCAGGAGAUCAUUAUAGAGGAGGGAGCAGCCUCCCCUUUUCCCCUUUUUCAUGGCUACACCUCUGUGACCAAGCCAAAGUUUAUAAUUAACAGUUAUUUUCAAACGGAUGACGCUGCAGGAGAAACACGGUGAAGCCGUCCUCCUUGUAGAGCGCAACCGAUCAAACAACAUCGUACUCAUGGAAGAGUAAGACCAAAGAUAACAGGCAAUUUCAAUUAACCUGCGAUGCAAACGCACAUUUCCAAUCUAUAAAAUUUACAGAAGUAGCGCAAUCCACUUUUUCUGUUCAAAGGUCAUCACUGCACAAGAACAAUAAUAGUAAGCGUACAGAAUGACUAAUUUUUGACUCAUACUCAAAAUAAUAGUAAACUUUUUAGAAUAAUGCACGUUCUACCAAUUUGCACAUUUGUAUGCAUGCACUUGAUAUAGUAGUUUUAAUGAUCAUUCUUUAAUUUUUAAUUAAACAAUCCAAUAACAUCUAACCUUGUAUUCUACAUUCUCUCGGGAACUUUCUUUUUCUCCAUUGAACGUUUACAACUUUUGGUUGAUAGACAUGCAACACCAUGUAUUAUCAUUGCAAAGCUUUCGAUCCGUAAGCCUGAGUUUUUAUUCGACUGAGCAUUAUACUUGC